AUGGCGGACUGUGGAAGGAGGGGACUGUCGCUCCUCGAGGAAGCGCGAUCUCGCUACGAGAGCCUGCAGAUUUCCGACGAUGUAUUCGGGGAGUCGGGAGACGACAGCAGCGAAAACCCCUUUUACAGUACAACGGGAGACUCCAAUUCGGAUAACUACCCGGAGACGAAUCCGGACGAUGCCGGAGCAGGUGAAGCGAGGAGUCAGAGCUGCGGUCCCCCCGGAUCCGUCUCCAACGGCCAGGCGCAGGAGGAGGGCUGGAGCGACUCGUUACAGGACCUCAGCGUGCCCCACUUUCAGGACACGCAUGGUCCGACACAGAAAAUGCCAGCCACUGCCACGGCAAUGGACUUCUUCCAGCUGUUUGUCCCUGACAACGUCAUUCAGAACAUGGUGACCCAGACCAACAUGUAUGCCAAGAAGUACCAGGAACGCUUUGGCAGCGAUGAAGGAUGGACCAAUGUGACGCUGGCUGAGAUGAAGGCCUUUCUGGGCUACGUUACUUCUACUGGCGUGAAUCGCUGCGAGUCAGUGCUGAGCAUCUGGAGCAGCGGAUUCUUCAGUAACCGCAGCAUCGCGCUCAAGAUGAGCCAGGCACGGUUCGAGAAGAUCCUCAAGUACUUCCACGUCGUAGCCUUCCGCUCCAGUCAUGGUGGCAGUCAGGGCCUCUAUAAGAUCCAGCCCUUCCUGGACUCUCUCAAGCAGAGCUUUGCCUCGUCCUUCAGGCCCUCACAGACACAGGUCCUCCAUGAGCCCUUGAUUGAUGAGGACCCCGUGUUCAUUAGCACAUGUACAGAGAGGGAGCUGCGCAAGAGGAAGAAGAGAAAGUUCAGCCUGUGGGUGCGACAGUGCAGCUCCACUGGCUUCAUCUGCCAGAUCUAUGUCCAUCUAAAGGAGGGUCCAGGUCCAGAUGGUUUGGACACGCUGAAAAAUAAACCCCAGCUUCACAGUCUGGUGGCCAAGCAGCUCUGCCAGAAUCUGGCUGGCCGUAAUGCAAUCAUCUUCACUGGCCCAAGCAUCACAAGUCUAAACUUGUUUCAGGAAUUUGAGAAACAGGGCAUCUACUGCUGCGGGUUGCUGAGCACAAGGAAGAGUGAUUGCACAGGUCUUCCUCAGUCUAUGCUGAUCAAUACCGAGGCUCCACAGCAACGUGGCCAGUCUCACAUUAGGAUGAGAGGCAAUAUGUCCAUAAUCAACUGGUACAACAAAGGCAACUUCAGGUUCCUCACCAAUGCCUACUCUCCCACUAAAGAAGGGGUGAUCAUUAAGAGGAAGAGUGGAGAAAUCCCAUGUCCCCUUGCUGUGGAGGCCUUCGCUGCACACCUGAGUUACAUCUGCAAAUAUGAUGACAAGUACAGCAAGUACUUCAUUUUCCACAAGCCUAACAAGACCUGGCAGCAGGUGUUUUGGCUGACUAUUAGCAUCGCCAUCAACAAUGCCUAUAUUCUUUACAAGAUGUCAGACGCCUACCACGUCAAACGCUACAGCCGGGCGCAGUUCGGCGAGAGGCUGGUCAAGGAGCUUCUGGAUAUGGACGACUGCUCACCCACUCAGUGAAGAAACCACAUGCAGUCUCUAACCCUCUCACACUAACAUACUCAAAUACACUUGCAUUCUGCACUUCAGGGUCAUUCUGAACAAACAAACCCUAUACAUAAUAGACAUAAUCAAAUGUGUGCCAAGUUUGGUUGAAAAAGGGACGUUUUCCAUCUAAACUCACAUUUAAGACCCCAUUUGAUACUACAGGACUGUGGUGCAUACGUGACUGUAACAUUUGCUGCAUGAGAAACACGAAAACGUGCCCUUUGUAGAUGUGCAAUGAUUUUCAGUAAUAGUGUUGACGUAGUUUUGAACCCUGAGGUACAUGUUUUGUGAAUUCUCUGUUUGUGAGCAGCAUAUCCAACAUUCAGCACUGAUAAAUAUACUGUAUAUACUCACCUUAGAUCACAGACCAUCGUAGAUGUUGUCCCAAAUACCUGGGCUCUUUUCUAUUUUAUAUCACUUAAUAUUUAUGGUCUUUCUGACUUUUUUUUUUUUUGAAGGCAGCAACAUUAGUGACGCAGAUGAUGUAUAAUGCCACACAGACACCGAAACUGGUGAUAUGUGGCAAAACUACUAUGCUUUCCCAAUCGUUUUUGCACCUGGAAGAAGCGGUCAGGAUUUGCAAAAGUCUAAUUAUCCCAAAUUAGAUUUCAACAUAACAUUAACUCCUCUGUCUGCCUUUCAUUAAUAUCCAUAUCGUUUUGUCAACUAAAUAAGGAUGAAUAUACAGUAGGAAAAGGCCCGAUAUACAGUAGUAUACCAAAAAUAAUGUAAAUAUUAUUUCUAAUAAUUUAUUUAUAUAUUUUUAUUAUGUGUAAUUUCAAUUGAUUAUCUAGGGGCAUUGAUGUGCUUGCGAAAGAAUAAAAAAAAUGAAUGAAAUGAUAAGACUUUAACUAGAAUGUCUGUCCACCUGUAAGUGGCCGGAUUUAUGUGGUCGUUCACUGUUCCAGAAUCUAUCACAAGAUCAGUUUUCCAUGUUGCUAUACUGUAACCGUAGUAAUGACGGUACAAUCGCAGCUCGUGGCAUAAUUCGUCCAUUCAAAGAACCGAAGCAGAAUCAUUUCCCUCAGGUAAUAUAUUUAGUCCAACAUCUCCCUCUGUAUCACUGUGUUAUAUUCAUGACCACUGUAAGGGACAGGUGCACUAUUGUGAGUAAAUCUGUCACAGAUUUAACAGAAACGCUUCUUAUUUCCUGUGACAUCACCUGCUGGUUUUCUUUGUACUAACAAACCAAUUAGGAUGCUUACCACUGAAAAUCACUUAAAACAUCCUUUCAAAGCUUCACAUUCACUCUAUUCAAAUCUGUACAAAAGUCGACUUUGUAAUGUCAGCUGCAGUUAUUCACAACAAUAUAUUUGCCAUAUUUUAUACCUUUUGAAUCAAGACAAAAGCAAUGUUGUAUUAUAUAGGUGUGCUCAUAAACAUGAUUGUUUAUUUGUGUUCUGAUCAGUGGCAUGAAUGUUGCAAACAUUCGGUUUCACUUCAUUGUAAUAUUUUCUACAUAGUCAGUAUACUAACAAACACACUUCAGGCGAUAACUGCCACAUGUGCUUAUCUAAUAUAAAUGGCAGAGAUUGUAUAUCUGUGUUUUUCAGAGCAUCCUUUGGGUUCAAGCUGCACUUGAGUGGGAAUGGUUGAAUUAUUUUAAUCAGGCAGACAGUGAACUGUAAUGGCGUUAGAGAGGUGUUUGACCUUAUCUAGGGCGACCUCAGGGUUUUGUAACUACAACAUCUACUGUAGUGCAAUAUAACGUAGGAGAUCGGACUGGGUGCUAUGAACAUCUCUGCCAAGAACAUAUUCUGUAAGCCAGAAAAUUGUUGGCAUGACCGAGACUUUUAAUUAAAGCGCUUGCUGGUGCAGAACAUUAGAAUAAAACCCUUCCAAUAAGCAAUGUUUUUUGCUUUUGCACUGGCCGCUCACAUUGUAGGAUAUGCUUCAGGGCCAGCUUCAUGUGGCAUGAUAGCAGAUGAAAAUAAACUGUCCUUUUAAUAACAACACAGCUAUGACAGCUAUAUAAUCUCAUUUACUAGACCAAAUUCUUUAAUAUCUUUUCAAUCUAACAUGAACCCGGUGUUGGCCAUGUAUCUGUUUCAUGUAUGAAUGUAGUGAAUGUGCCGUGUCUUGCUGUAAUAAUGCUUGGUGUUCUCAACUUGUCUUCUCACUGUGAAUGUUGAAAUGAUUCAGCUGGAUGUGAGAGUAUCUGUUAUCUCACUCUGUGUCCAGUUAUCAGACUGACCUGUGCUUCACCUCCCUGCCUCUAUGUGAGUUUACACUAAUUUGCACACUAAUAAAUGUUGUUUAUACAGUA